GCAGUUCUCAGUUCCGCCUCAGACUUAACAGAUAAAAACCAUACUCAGUAGGAUUACACAACAGUCCAUUGACGGCUACCUGAACGAAGGAGUGAUUGAACAUGACGGACCCCCAAAACCAGACCGAGCCCCUCAUCAGACAUCCCAGCCGGGAUACCAUCAAUGCUGGAGCUCCAACAGCCAGCAGGUCUUCUUCCCGGGCCUUUAUGGGGGCAGGUCUCGCUGUGCUGGCCUGUCUGCUGAUAUCGGCCCAGGCUCUGACAGCCUACUUCCUCUUCAGCCAGAGGGAUGACAUCAAAUCUCUGGAGGACCAGCAGCAAAACCUGAAGGUUGAUAUGAGAAGGGGAAGAGUCGCGGCUAUGCCUAUGCAGAUGCAUGUGCCCUUGGGCUUCAUGACCAAGCUGGCGGACGUUUCCGCUCAUGAGGAUGGGUCCACCGCAGCUCCAGGGGACGAUGCAGCCUCUCAGUUGGUCACCAGCUGCCAGCUGGAGGCAGCUGGACUGAGGACUGGGCCGGUGCCAUCUUUCAAGCCCAGAUGUGAUGAGCAAGGCCUCUACCACGCCACGCAGUGCUGGAUCAGAUCCUGCUGGUGUGUGGACAUCGCUAGUGGCAAAGAGAUUCCUAGAUCUGGGGAACACGGAUGCAAACAAUCCACUGUCAACGGCGCGCAUCUGAGCAGAGUGAUGGCUGCACCUGCUGUAGCACAGCUCAGUGGUUUGCCAGAUGAGUAAUUCGAGCUGCAAGAACUGCUUCAAGCAACUGAACCAGUGAUAUGUCUGAAACCCAGUAAUUACUGCUUUGUCAACUCAUAAGCUCUUUAUUAAAGCAUAUUCAACUUUUUACUGGAUCAAACUGGUAUAAUACAUUUGCUACCUAUCUCUGCACCAGGGUAGUCUAACAAUCCAAGAUAACAACAUAAUACCCCCCUCCCCUUGUCCUAAAUUAAGAUUAAGUAAGUGUUCCCACUCCUUUUCCACAAGUACAGAGACCAACUUGAUCAUGUGCCCCCCUGGUGCAGACAUGCCCCUGCAGAUUAUGUGCUUAUAGCUCAUUAUUUGGGUUGAGAUUUGUCAAUUCUACUAUGCGUGUUUAAAAUAAUUGUUUUAAAUCUAACUUUGUUUCAGACUGACCUAAUAAAACAAAAACACUGGUGAAUCA